AUGCUGAACGGGCCAAUGCGACUCGUCGACCCCAGACACCUCCCGCAACUGAUGUCCCUGGAGGACCAUGAGCCCACCCUGGUGGAGGGGACCCUGGAGCCCCGGAACUCCACCCCGGCCGGGGAGGAGGGGGCCCCCGGCCAGCAGCAGCACUCCUUCCCCUGGGUGCUCACGCUGCUGGCCGGGGUGCUCAUCACGACCAUCGUGGUGGAUGUUAUCGGGAACCUGCUGGUCAUCGUGUCCGUGUUCAGGAACAGGAAACUCAGGAAAGCAGGGAACGGUUCUGUGAGCCCAGAAACCUCUGGCUGGGCAGAGGAGGCUGGGGACACUGCCCCGUAA